AAUAUUACGGUAUAAACCUCCAGCAAUUACGGGCACUAGUGACACAUGCCGUAAUUAUCGUAAGUUUCGAUAAUUAUCGUCAUGUGUCGCUAAUGGUGAAUUGUCAAUCUUUGUGACUUCCUGUUUUAAGAAGUAUGAUAUUAUUCCGAUGCGCUCAAUUGAAAUUCUGCCUACGUGAGGGGAGGAUCUAAUCGCAUUAAAAGUAAUUAUAAAAAUGCACGCUGCAGAUACAAAAGUUGUUAUGUAAAAUAAAUGGCUCUUGAAUAUGUUGCUACCGAAAUUCGCAUAAAAGCCGAAACCAAUUUGAAAGUACAAAUCAGUCGUUGAAUAAACCUCACUUGUAAGGUUUUGUUUUUUAAAAAAGAAAUGUUUCUAUCAACGCAAAUUAUAUUUUUGUCAUUUUUAUUGAUCACCGUUAAAGUAAGUUCAAUGGAUUGUAAAUAUCGAAGAUGGUCAGGAUGUUCUAGCGAAGAAGAAGUUAAAGUUAAAACACCUUCGGACACGGAUGCUAAAAAAGUAAGCAUUGUAAAACUUUACCAUGGUAUCAUAGAGUUGCUGAGAAAACGAAAUAAAAAGAAGCACAACCUAGAGGACAAGCAAGACCAAAUAAAGAGUGGUAACAUAAACUGGUUGCGAGAGUCGAGAAUUAUAGGCGCUACAGAGAAACGGGGAAAGGAUCAACAGCAAUUACAGCUACUACAGGAACAAAUACUAAAGCAACAACAGGAGCAAUUACUGCGCCAAGAAGGAAAAAGAAAACAACAGCAGAAGCUGCAGAAAGAAGAACAAAAACAAAAAUCCCUAGUGGAACUACAGCAAAUGAUGUUGCAACUUCUGCAAAAACAAAAGCAAUUAAAGAAAGACAGAAAAGAAAAAUUACUUGAACUGCAGUUCCUUCUUUUACAACAACGUCAAAUAGAGAAACUGCAACUACAAUACCAACAAAACAAUUAGAUUAAUCUAAUUGAAACCUUACAUGCAUUGCACUCGGUUCUUAAGUUUUAUAAAAAUCGAAAAUCUUAAAUAAUUAACUUAUUUGCUUGUAAUAUUAUAUGUCAAUCUAUCUCUGUAAGUUCUUAAAAUCAAUUUAAUAUAUUUCUAAUUACAUUUUAUUUGCUCAGUG